AUGCGCUUCAUCACCAAACUACCCCUUAUCCUCGCCGCCUCGGCAUCCCUAGCCGCUGCCAAGGAUGCAACCACCACCGCUAGCACCGCUACCACCACAAAAUGCGCUGCGCACAAGGUCGUCGAACAAUGCUUACUCGACAUGAAAUUCGAACUCGAGAACUGCAUUUCCAACGACUGGGACUGCAAAUGCACAGGCAGUGAAAACGUCGCUAACUGCUACGACAACUGCCCCGAAGACCCCAACCGCUUCGGUGCACAACAAAUCCGCGAACAAAACUGCAUCAACGCAAAGGCCUACGGCACCCACACCACAAUGACCGGAACCGUCCAGUCCACCCCUGUUUCUGCAUCUUCUAUGCGUUCAUCGUCGAGUGCUUCUGCCGAAUCUACUUCUGCCACGCCUACUGGUACACACAGCGGACUUGAGGAGAAUAAUGGGUCUGAGUCGGGGCCGACUAAGUCAUUGUCUGGACUUGAGGCUACAAGUACUCCUAGUAAGGCUGCGGCGGCGACGAUCAAGGUUGUUGGGGGAUGGAUGGCAUUUUUGGGAUUGGGAUUGGGGGCUUUGGUCUAG